AUGUCGGCACGGCGAGCGCGUGCGUCAGGGGAGCCCCUCUGCCUUGCUCUAUGGCGUCUGUUGCUGCUCGCGAGGGUUGCUGCUCGCGAGGGACUGCUCGAGUCAGACGAGCGAGGUAAGAUAGACAAGGACCUUCCUCCCCUGCCCAAGGACGUCGCAGUCGACGUCCGCAACGGCAAGAAGGAGGAGGGCGAUCCAUCAGGGCCGAACCGCUCCCAGCAGCAGGCACCCCAGAACCGCCGUGCCGCUUUUGCGGACGUCCCCGUCGCCGCUGCCGUUGUCUGUUCGACGGCGGCCCAGGCCGUCAACGAUUCGUCUCGCACGAGCAGGUCGUGA